GGGGGCGCCAAGCAGUUCAAUCAGCGGCGGAUUAAGCUGGGCUUCACCCAGGCCGAUGUGGGGCUGGCGCUGGGCACCCUCUACGGCAACGUCUUCUCGCAGACCACCAUCUGCCGCUUCGAGGCCCUGCAGCUCAGCUUCAAGAACAUGUGCAAGCUGAAGCCUUUGUUGAACAAGUGGCUGGAGGAAGCCGACUCUUCCACGGGCAGUCCCACCAGCAUCGACAAGAUCGCCGCCCAGGGCAGGAAGAGGAAGAAGCGGACCUCCAUCGAGGUGAGUGUCAAGGGGGCCUUGGAGAGCCACUUUCUGAAAUGCCCCAAGCCCUCCGCCCAGGAGAUUACGAACCUAGCGGACAGCCUGCAGCUGGAGAAGGAGGUGGUCAGGGUUUGGUUUUGCAAUCGGAGGCAGAAAGAGAAACGGAUGACCCCCCCGGGGAUCCAGCAGCAGACCCCCGACGAUGUCUACUCCCAGGUCGGCACCGUCAACUCCGACACGCCGCCCCCUCACCACGGACUGCAGACCAGCGUGCAGUGAGGGGCACCGCGGGCGGGCCGGGCAGCGCGGGGCAGCGCGGGCCAGGCCGGGCCGGGCACCGCCGCCGGC